CAUAUUUCUGGGAUCAAGUGAACUUGGCAACAUGUCGAGCUUGGAAAACAACAACAGCAGCUGGAUCGAUUGGUUCCUCGGGAUCAAGGGCAACCAGUUCCUCUGCCGCGUGCCCACCGACUACGUGCAGGAUACGUUCAACCAGAUGGGCUUGGAGUAUUUCAGCGAGAUACUGGACGUGAUCCUGAAGCCGGUGAUCGAUAGUUCCUCUGGCUUGUUGUACGGCGAUGAAAAGAAGUGGUACGGCAUGAUUCACGCCCGAUACAUCAGGUCAGAGCGUGGCCUGAUUGCUAUGCACCGAAAAUAUUUGCGAGGAGAUUUUGGAUCGUGUCCCAAUAUCUCCUGUUAUAGGCAGAACACCCUGCCAGUGGGCCUCAGCGCUGUAUGGGGCAAGUCAACCGUCAAGAUCCACUGCCCACGGUGUAAAAGCAACUUUCAUCCGAAGUCUGAUACACAGCUGGACGGAGCGAUGUUCGGGCCCAGCUUCCCGGACAUCUUCUUCUCGAUGCUGCCGAACUUGACAUCGCCCCUGGACGACCCACGUACCUAGGCUUUCGGUUGCACCAAAGAGCAUUGAUGCAACUAAAAUCGCCCAAGCCAAAGAAUAU